UUCUUACCUCUGACAGAGUUAUAGGCGGCUCAUGACACUGGAUACAGGCUACCAGCACAAAUUUAUAUAUAGCCCUGGCAAGAAAAAUAACCCGGAGGCAUUUACUUAAGGUUGCUGCAUUUUUUUUUAAUCGUAUUUUUAAAGUUCAAACCGCUCACAGGCUACAACACUUUAACCCAGGAUCAAAUCUGUUACUAGAACCAAAUGUGAGGUUCCAAUCCAGUGUGAGAGCAGAGAGCAGAGAUGAGAACCUUCCCUCCAUGUUGCAAAUGCUUCACAUGAAACAGUGGAAGGCUAGUUUUCUAUUUCAAGAUUACGCUGAGCAGGAAAACUCGAAGUCGGGCGUGCUUGCUUAGAACGUGAUCAACAGAGCAGAGAAGCUGAGCUGAGCUGAGCUGAGCCGAGAGGCCGAAAGCAAAUUCACCGAGGAUUCAAACAAUGGAUUCCAGAGUCAGAGAGGAUCUCGCACGGUCAGAUGUCGAUGCCGAGAUGACGGUGCUGACGCCUGAAGAUAUCACGGGACAAAACCUCGAUGGCAGCGAUGAAGUGGAGAACCUCAGAAACAGUUUGCGCGAGGCCGUCCACGAUGACAAUGUCCGACCUAAGAUGCAGUGCCUGAUGAUGGACUCCUCCUUCUCCAUGGUGACGGUGCAAGGCGAGGACAGCGGGAUCGCGUGGGAGACGACCCCGAGUCGUUGCACCACGCCGUGGGCGUCUGAGGCCGGAAGCCUCUCCGUGGAUCUCGGCUCUCAGGCCGCGGCACGACCGGCGACGCCCCACGGGUCUCAUCCGGCGGGAAAGAUUAUAUUCGUCAUGGACGAGGAGCUGAUUACCAGACGGAAGAAGACUAAAGAGAGGGGCAACGGUCAAAAAAGCAGACGUGAGGUCCUGGUAGAAAGUUCUGAGAACGUCUCGGGGCGGCCAGAGUUGGUGGAAGUCUCUCAACCAAAUGUGAAAACCGAGGGAGAAGACGACCAAGAGGAACCGACUGAUCAGCUGUUUGGAUUGGUUUCUGAAGGCUCUGAAAUCCUCAACAUUAUUGUUCCUUCUGAACUUGAACUCACUGUGGAUGAAGAGGAGAGCAAAGAAAUGGUGGACAAUCUGUCUUAUCUGGAGGAGAGCCCCCUUCCUAAAGCUAGUGAGAACACUCAGGACAACGAGUUCCUGAUCUCAGUGGGCGCACCGGUGGCCGACCACGUUAGACCCUCACCUCCACGUGCAAUGGAUCCACCGGGAGCUCCCGUGGCCAGACCUCCAGGGAGAAGACCUCCUGGAAACGUGGACUACUUCGAGGCGUUUGCCCUGGUUGAUGCUCAGGCUCCAGGAAGUCCUGCAGUAAUCGUGGGAGGACAGGUGGAAGCGGAGCUUGAGGCUGAGAGAAAGGACGCCGAGAAUCCACCGCAGUUUCUCGCCAGCACCAUCACCGGUGUGGACAACGACAAGUCAGACGCCGUCAGUCUAGAGGAGCUCACCAGUGAGCUUCUAGAUGAAGUCUUCUACGGUGGCACAGAUAACUACCCAAUGAAAAGUCUGGAGACAGAAGUCGUCGCCGAUGGUGCACCCACGAGACUUCCGUCAAAACCGAGUGGUUCAAAUCUGUUUGGAAGCCAAGAGGACGUCCUGACUCCAAUCUUUCUACCGGACGGUCCCCCGAAAAUCAUCGACCCCAUUUUGCUGGAAGAGCCCAAAGCCAUGGCCUUUCUUUACACCGACCUGUACGAGGAGGCGAUAGGCAGCCGGAAAAAAGAGGAGGACACAGAAAGCAUGACGUCGGAGAAGUCCUUCCACAGCAGGCACUCGGAUCGAGAGGCCAGGGGAUAUUUAGAGAAAUACGUCCUCAUCGACGAGACUCCCGUGGUGGAGGCGGAACCGUCAUGCAAAGAAAAACGUCCCGAGGAAGGACCACGGGUGUUGACCCAGGAUGUGUACGAUUUGGGAAACUUUCAGUCAAAGGGUGAACAAAGUGCGAUGCCGCAGUCGGAGGAAGAAUUAACGGACUUCCUCAGGUCCAGUGACAACUCGUCUCCUUGUGAUAUAGACCCGUUCCCUCGAUCGGUAGAAGAAGAAGACACAAAACCGACGACUAAAAAAACUAAAGCCAAGCCGGAGAAAAGUGUCUCCAUAGUGGUGGCAAAAGUUCCAGAAACCCCAGUAGAUCCACUCAGCCUCUCAAGCUUUGACUUCCCCUCGGAGGAACUAGACUGGUUAACUACAGAUGAUCAUCCUACGGUCCUGGAUGAUGAUAGACAUGUGCGUACAGACCGGGGACAGGCUCCAGAAAUAAAUACACCUGUCGCACCUCCGAGGAGAAAGGCAGCCUCCUCUCCUAAGAUGUGUCUGGAUCUAACGCCUCUGACUCCAGUUGCGCUGGAGGAAGAGGAGGCCGGAGGAAAGGAGCAACGAGAGGAGGAGAAGGAGACGGCGUCGCCGGCGGAGACCGCUGACGAGGGCGAUGGAGACGGAGACCAAACGACGGAGGCCUCCACUGAAGCGGCUCCACCCGAGAAACCUGAAUCACCGGAAACUGACAGUAGAGAAGAUACAAACGUAAUAAGUGCAAGUGUCGCGAAACCAGCUGUAGAGGAAGACCCCAAAACGGAAGAGCAAGGAAACGAGACUGAACUGAAACAAACUGAUCCAGAGGAGAAAGACGUUAAGUCGCUAGAAUCAGAUAAUCCUGAGAAACAAGGAGACGCUUCCUCAUCAGCCGAACCAGCAAAGAACAAAGGACAGUGUAUAAUACUUUAGUCUAUUUUAAGUAAAUUUGAUAUAACGUGCUGCAAUAGAUACGACCUAAUAUGGACAUGAAAUCAGAGUCAAAUGAGCACACACAUACGUCUCUACUUUUUUGUCAAUUCCAGUUGCUAGCACACUGAUCAAAAAGGUUCUAGUGCAUGAAAUGUGUUUGAGAGGAGAGGUUUGCGUCAUGAGCGGAGGAAAAAAGGGGUGAGAGUGCAUGUGUCGGUGCUUUCCUGACUGUUAGGGUGCAUCUUCGGCUAAAAAUAAACCCGUUUAACCUGACACUUCCAUGUCUCAAGUAGGACUCUGAGCUCCCGCUUGCACCGAAACAAACAUUUCGAUUUAUGUUUUAUUUUUUUUGACAGAUUACUUAACUCUCUAUUCAUUCUCUGUUUAUUUAUGUGCACCUGUUCCUGCAAAAAAAAGUGUUUCGACACAGAAAAUUUAAAUAGCUUGUGUCAGAUGUGGUUUUUCCAUAAAUAAAAUAGUUACCAU